GAAAAUCAGUUUAUUAAAAUGACCUUAUAGAACUCUUGCAUUCCAUAUCACAAAAUCGUGAAUAUAUACAGAUGCAUCGCGCGCACAGAAUUGUUAUUCUAAGCUAUUGUGCAAAAACAACAAGUGGUCCAUUGAUGAAGGGUUAAGGCAAGUGCGGCGCUCUUGCAUUAUGAAUCCGGCAGCGCUGAAGUUUCGUUCACUGCUUGAACUGGUGGCCGGAAUGGCUAAUAACCUCUAAGCAAGAAGAGCACGUUUUGGGUACGUGGCUUCCUUGGCCCGGGCCCGGCCCCGGCGUGGCAGCCUAGCCCGGGCCCGGCCCAAGCCCGAGUAAGAGAAUCUCCAAAUGGCCCGAGCCCGUGCACAGCUCUACUGGCGAUCUCUCAAAUGAACGUCUCGCGUUGGUGUCAUUUGUUGGCUUCUUAUGCUAUUUCUUCACCUCCAGGCACUUUCUUCGUUCAUUUGCUACGUGGCUUCAAACACAUAUUCGCCGAUUUGAAGAGCUCGACUGUUACGCUUACGCGAAAACAACAAAAAAAAACCUUAAAACAAAAGGAGGACACUGCAGCCACCAGUGAGGAUUGAACUCACGACCCCUGGUUUACAAGACCAGUGCUCUAACCACUGAGCUAUGAUGGCACGCGCGCGGGACGUGUCUUGGAUAAAGCUAUUUAUAAACGUUGCAAGACAAUUGUAAACUUAUUACCACGGCAUUUUGUUUGAAGCACUUCUUUGUUCCGCUGGCAGACUGUUUAACGUGUUUAACUCACCAACUUCCCUGUCUCUUGCGUCCGAUCUAGCGCGCGGAUACAUGUCACUAAAGGCUUUGCAAUACCUCCACCCUCUUCUCUCUCCUGCGACCUAUCCCUGCGACCGUCGCACCGUUCCAUUUUAGGGACCAUAGUUCCAUGAUGUAAACUUCUGCUCAACAUAAAUGUAAACCGGGAGAAAGAACUAGCGACGAAAAGAUGUCUUCUCGAAGGAAAGGCACAGCACCGAGACGGCUCGGCGUGCAGGAAGAUAACGCUGCGCGGUGCGGACAAAGCGGUGCACUUCAACGUCUUGCAAGCGGCAGUUUCACAAUAGACGAAUCUGGUGGUAAUGAUUCUUGUCUGCCAGCACCUGCGAAAAAACGAAAAAGCAGGAGCAAGAAACUGCUCUUAGAUCAAGAACUAGAGAGCCUUCUGGAAGGCUGUGAUUAUGCAUUGCAAGUGGAGCGUCAAGAUGAGCAUGCAGAUUGCAUCAUGUUUUGUCUCGGCCAAGUCCAGUUAACUGCACAUCCAGUAUCGGAUGGCAGGAGACUGGAAGAUGCCUUGAAACGUAGCUACAGACUUUUUAUUGGGUGCAAAACUGAGCAGACUGACUGUCGUGUGGUUUACAACUGCAGUGACCAGUGGCUGUGCUUUGAUGCAACAUUGCUUGCUGAUGAGGGUGUGCGGCUCAUCCUCUCGCACAGAAAAUCUGUCUUUCUUGAGGUGGCAAAGGUGGAGGACUAUUGCAUUGUGUUGGAUGUGCUGCUUUCACCAACAAAUGUCUAUCACCUUAGUCAUGCCAGUGACUCGCCACGCAACUCUGUAAAUUGGGAAGUGCAGACUCUCGUUCACCAUUUCUUCGGCAUCAGUCACACUUCAAGGCACAUUGAAACGGAGAAGUUUCGGAGACAGGACUUUGACUUGCUCUACGCAAGGAUUGCUGCUGCCCAGUCACUGCAUCCUGCUGCAGAUGAGGACGUGAACGAUGUUCAGCAUGCAGCAUUGCGGCCCACACUGCGGCCAUACCAAAAGGAAGUGGUCAGGUGGAUGCUGAAACGAGAGCAGCCGCUUGCUGAGAUCUCGGUGGACAAUUUCCUGUACAUGCCACUGGUUGACUGCUAUGGGAAAGUGCUCUACUACAACAAAUACGCAGGCUUCUUUGUUGAAAAGAAGAUGGACUUUGUGGGCACUGCCACACCUGGUGGCAUCUUGGCUGAUGAAAUGGGACUUGGCAAGACAGUGGAGCUGCUUGCGUGUAUCCUUCUGCACCCAAUGCCCAUCUAUGAUCAAACCUUGGCCGGGGCGAGUGACACCGAGGAGUAUGAGCUUUCCGAUGACGAUGGGCACUGUGCUGAGGGCUUGGCCGAUCUGCCUGUGGCUACCCGGGUGGAGUGCUUGUGUGGUGGCUUGGCCCUCGGCACAGACAUUGAAGAGGUGGUGUGCUGCCCUGACUGCCGUGUCUACCACCACCUGGCGUGCACCACCAGUGGCGGCCUCCGUACUGGCGAGAAAUACCUCUGUCCUCACUGUUGGGUGGACUCUGCAAAGGAGAAGAUCAGAGUGAAGACGACUCUCAUAGUCUCGCCAUCAAGCAUCAGCUUCCAGUGGCUGGAAGAGAUUGAACGACACCAGAAGGAUGACAGGCUGCACGUGAUGGAGUACCGAGGUGUGCAGAGCCAUGGCUUUGUCUCACCACCAACAUUUGCCAACUAUGACAUUGUGCUAACCACUUAUGAGGUGCUCAAAAAGGAGCUCAACUUCACUGACUUGCCACACGCCAAUAGUACCAACGGCCGGUCAUUCCGUAAGCCACGCAAGUUCCUGCCUACGCCGUGCCCAUUGACAGCGUUGAUGUGGUGGCGAAUUUGUCUAGAUGAGGCCCAGAUGGUGGAAGGCACCGCCACCAAGGCAGCCCAGAUGGCCCUCAAGCUGUCCGCAGUCAACCGCUGGUGUGUCACUGGAACACCCAUCCAGAAAAACCUGCACGACAUGUAUGGUCUGCUCCUAUUUCUCAAUGAGGAACCGUACAAUGUCAAAUUAUGGUGGAACGAAUGCCUUUUGCUGCCAUACUGCCAUGGGGACACUGAUCCACUUGUCACUGUGCUUUCAAGAUGCUUCAAGAGGACCAUGAAGAGGAAUGUCUUGGAACAGAUUGGCGUUCCACCUCAGGAAAGCAUCUUACACACUCUCACCUUCUCUCCUGUCGAAGAAGUUUUCUACGAACGACAAGCUGACCGAUGUGCCUCGCUCUUCAGGCAACAAGUUUGCAAAUUUCCUGACCAUAGCAUCAGAAUUGAACAACUGGACAGGCACUCUGUUGGACUGCUCCUGCAGCCACUGGUUCGGUUGCGGCAGGCCUGCUGCCAUCCACGUGCUGUACGGGGUGCCUUCCUGCCAAUGAGGACUGAUUCAUUAACCAUGGACGAAUUGUUGGCAUCGCUGAUCAAAAAGACAACAGUGGAAUGUGAAGAAGCACAUCGACGAAUGGUGUCGGCUAUGAAUGGAAUCGCAGGCAUCCACAUAAUCCGGGAUGAAAGGAGGGAGGCCGCCGACGCCUACAGAGAAGUGCUUUGGUCGGUGAAGGAUCACAGCAGGAACAUCAAGACAGACCGGCUGCAGCAGCUGCAUGCCCUGCACAAUCUGGCCCAGCUGCUGGAUGCUUGCAGAACUGAGGGAGUGAUGCCACUUGACCACAGUGGGGAAUGCUUGCAAAGCAGUCAAGACACCAAAAUUCAGCUGGAUUUUGUUACACGUUUAUCAACGAGUACUGCAGGCACUUGUGCCUCAACAUUGGACAGUGUUCAGAGUGCUGGUGACUGUGGUCCCAGAAGUUUGGUACCUGAUCGUAUGGGCAACACUGGCAUCUGUGACAGUGCAAGUGAGCCUUCAGAUGGUACUGCAAAUGUAAGUGAGCCUGAUGUGACAAGCACCAUGUCUGUGUGCACUGCAGGUGGAGAUAGCUAUGAUCCUACAUCCACGCUUGGCUCUAGUGAACUUGCUCAUCCUGCUAGCACAGUGUUGGACAGUACUGCGAUUACCAGUAGCUGCAACCCUGAAAGCAGUGCCCAAAGCUGCAGUCACAGUAGUAUGAUUUCAAGCUGUGCUGAGAAUGCUGGUUGCCGUGAUAAUCCAAAUGUGUUACCAGGGGGGACUGUGAACACUGGUAACUGUGGUUCAGCAAGAAACCCUGGUUUAUUAGAUAGAACUUUCUGCACCAGUGUGCCUGCUGUUGCAUGGACAGAAAAAACAGCUGAUUUAAUGAAGUCGACAACUUCUAUCACUCCGAAAGUUGCCUACAUUCCACAGGCUCCUAUUGAUGACCAGCUCCACGAGGAAGCGGCUAAGUUGCGAGAGUCGUACCUGGAAGGCUACCUGACCACAAUUCACGCUACGAAGAAGCAGUUCAUGCAGGCAACCCAGGCAGUUAAGGAAACAGUCAACAAGUUUUCACUCCCCAAGAGGCAGCCAUGGUGGAGCACCCUCUUGAAUGCAAGCAUGGAAAGCAAUAAAGAUGAAUGGCUUGUUGGGAAGAUUAAGGAUGACUUGGAAGCAAAAAAGUCGAAUGUAAAGUCUUCAUCAGUCACCGACCAGUUCAACACAGCUCACGGAUUACAGUACGUGAUAGACACCCAGCUGAGGCAGCUGGAGGCAGCCAGGGAGAACCUGCUCGGCACAGUCAAGGCUCUCUCAGCCAACCCGUCAGCUGACGAGGUUGUAUCAGCGGUUGAAUGCCAUCUCAGGCCAAGCAAGAAAAAAAGGAACAAGUGCAACUACUGUGUUGUGCACGAGCUGUUCAAUUUGUACGAGAGUCGCCUGUUCUGCUUCUCUGAGGAUGCUGCACACGAGGAGGCCCAAGACAAGGAGGAUGCACUGUUUGGUGCCCUCCGUCGUGGGAACUGGGGGGACAGCAACUUGGAGAAGAUCAUCAAAAGCUUGAGCAAGAGUUCAUUCUUUGCAGGUGACACAGCCCUGUGCAGUGAUGGUCAGGUGCAUGUCCAGCUGUUUGCUGCUUUGAAGAAAGAAUUUCGGGCAAUGCGAGCAGUAUACAUGAACAUCAGGGAUUUUGUGGGAGCCCUUGAUGAACUUGAGAUGGCGACUGUCCGCCUGGAAGUCCAUCUCCCCAUCGAGGAGGUGGGCAAGGAUGCCCCACCUUUGCCUGUCAACGUCCUUAGGCCAUGGGAGGUGCCAGAGCAGUGGUCAAGGCUUCUCCAUGAAAAAGAGCUGCACAAGAACAAUCUCAAGAAAAAACUGGGACAGCUUUUCUACCUGCAAAACCUUGCAAAGGCUGGCAGCCACAGGGCGGGUGAGUGCAACCCUGAGCCGUGCCCCAUUUGCCGGAAUCCACUGGGCACCCGUUGGAGUGUGAUGCAGUGUGGCCACAACUUCUGCCUGGACUGCAUCAAGAUGGUGUGCAGCACUCCAUCCUCCAUGCGCAGUGGCAGCCUGUUGUGUGCCGUCUGCAGAAGCAGCUGUGCUCAUGGGGAUGUCUUCUAUGUCCAGACCACUCCGCCAUCGGCCCCACAGUCCAGGUUUUCCCUCAAGGGCAGCCACACCACCAAGAUAGGUGGCAUCGUUGAGACAAUUCUGGAGAUAAAGGCUGAUGACCCUGAUGCCAAGGCCCUUGUGUUCUCCAGCUGGUCUAUUGUAAUUGACGUCUUGAAGAAAGCAUUGGAAGAAAAUGAAGUGUCCUACAUCAUGCUUAAGCCAGGACCAAACUUCAAGAAUAAUUUAGCACUGUUCAGGCAUGACCCAUCCAUCAUGGUGCUGCUGCUUCCUCUUUCACUGGGAGCUAAAGGCCUCAACCUGACGGAAGCCACUCAUGUGCUCCUCGUUGAACCAAUUCUCAACCUUGGGGAGGAGCUGCAAGCCAUAGGGCGGGUUCAUCGUAUUGGGCAAACACGGAAGACCUACAUUCAUCGCUUCAUGGUGAAGAAUACUAUUGAGGAACGCAUUGUUGACUUCCUAAAAUCAUCGCAGACGUCUCGGAGCUGUUUAGAGGACCAUGCAAAAGUGACCAUCGAUGACCUAAAGAAUCUUUUCAAGUGAACGUAAUGCUUUCAGUCUGCAAACUGUACCUACUUCAUUUUCAUUACACAGCGACAUGCAAAGACCUUCAGUGUUGUCUGGAUUUUAAUGUAUUGUUCACAAGUCUCUGGAGGGCUUCAUCUCUCGAAGGUGUCCGAAGGGACGAUUUUCUUCACACUCGAAACCACUGCUUGUCAGAACAUAUGUUGAUCGUCCGAGCCUCUUCAGUCAGCAGAUAUUGUAAGCUGUCUUCUCAAUAUCCUCCUUACAAUUUAAGGCCACCAACACCAUCAUUCAUGGAGCACCCUCUUAAGUUUGCAAGUCAGGCCGUGUAAAUGUCUGUGUUCAUGCACUUUUUGACUUGCAGGCCUGGUCACACUGAGCUGACUAGACGCCGACGCCAACGAUUGGCCGGCUAGUCGGCAGGUCAUGUUGCUGAGAGGCAUGUUUCCAUAGAUGGAUGUGUUCAGAUUAGGACAGACUAAAGGGGGUCCCGAUUAUUUUUAGUUUUCAGCAAAACUAUUGUGUGGGGUUGGAAAAUGUCUCUGUAGAAAGGAAUGAACCUUUGUCUUGUGAAGCUUAGCACCAACUUCGUGAAAGAAAUCGUAUUUCACUAAAGGUGGAAGAGAGUGUUUUAAUGACUUUCAGAUUUUACAAAUUUUAAGGCCAAUCAUUCUAAACUUAAUGCACUGUACCCCAACAAAAUUUUUUUUUGCAAAUAUGAACUUCUAGUACUAUUUACUCACACCCAUAGUAUGUUCUUAAAAAAAUUUCCUACAUUGGUUUUUGAGCAACAGCCUCUGGCUUACCCUGAAAGCAGGGUUUCCUUUGGGCCACUUUAGCUAAGGCCAUAAAGCUGAAAAUAUUUCUGACAAAUUUUGCAUGGUUUCUUGCAAACUAAAAUAAAAGUGUGCAGCUACACCACCUAUUUAGUUAGUUACAAAAUCCCAAAAUGCCAAAUUUGUAAAAAAUUGCAAAAGUUGCUGCAUUUUAGAGACGUUUAAAAAUAUAAUCACUGAUUUCUAUGAAAAUUUUCCAGAAAAGCCACCCAGGACUGUUAAAUCUAUUACUGCAAAAUUGUGUUACAUUAUUUUAUUUUAAGCAAGAAAAUUGAGCCUAUCUUAAGACCCAUGUAGGGACAUCCUAACGAUGUGUCUUGUUCCAAUAAUGCAAUAAAUAUCACACUCAUAUUGAA